AUGCCGGAGCUGACUUCCAAAGGCACGACCAUUUCCAAGAAGGGCUUCAAGAAAGCUGUAACGAAAACCCAGAAGAAAGAAGGCAAGAAACGCAAGCGAUGCCGCAAGGAGAGCUAUUCUAUUUACAUCUACAAGGUGCUAAAGCAGGUGCACCCCGACACCGGCAUCUCGUCCAAGGCCAUGAGCAUCAUGAACUCUUUCGUCACUGACAUCUUCGAGCGCAUCGCGGGCGAGGCGUCGCGCCUGGCGCACUACAACAAGCGCUCGACUAUCACGUCCCGGGAGAUCCAGACGGCCGUGCGCCUGCUGCUGCCUGGGGAGCUGGCCAAGCACGCUGUGUCCGAGGGCACCAAGGCCGUCACCAAGUACACCAGCUCCAAAUAG